AUGCUGACAGUGAAGGGGCUGGAAGGAAUCAACGCGUGUUACCGCAGUGAGCACCUGGAGAAGAUGGCUUUUUUCCAGUGCGUGGAGGAGGUAGAGAAGUGCUUUCUGGAGGAAAGUUCUGGUGAACAAGAUUCGAGAUCUGGAAAGAGCCAGGUACCUGAGGUGGUUUGGGAAGGAAGGGCUCUUGGAGAAGAAUUAUCCGUCAAGGGCUCUCGAAGCAGCUCCCUAACCACCGAUGCCCCGGCACCGCCCGCGCCCUUCGACCACCGCAUCGUGACGGCCAGGCAGGCCGCGGUCAACAGCUUCUACACUGUGAGCAGGACCGAGAUCUUAGGAGGCGGGCGCUUUGGCCAAGUUCACAAGUGUGAGGAGAAGGCCACGGGCCUGAAGCUGGCGGCCAAGAUAAUCAAGACCAGGGGCGUGAAGGACAAGGACGACGUGAGGAACGAGAUCAGCGUCAUGAACCAGCUGGACCACGUGAACCUCAUCCAGCUCUACGACGCCUUCGAGUCUAAGAAUGACAUCGUCCUGGUCAUGGAGUACGUGGACGGAGGCGAGCUCUUCGACCGCAUCAUCGACGACAACUGCAGCCUGACGGAGUUCGACACCAUCCUGUUCAUCAGGCAGAUAUGCGAGGGGAUAAGACACAUGCACCAGAUGUACAUCCUGCACUUGGACCUGAAGCCUGAGAACAUCCUGUGUGUGAAUCGGGACACUAAACAAAUAAAAAUUAUUGACUUUGGAUUGGCCAGAAGGUACAAACCCAGAGAGAAGCUGAAGGUGAACUUUGGAACUCCUGAAUUCCUCGCCCCUGAAGUUGUGAACUACGACUUUGUCUCCUUCCCCACCGACAUGUGGAGUGUGGGCGUCAUCACCUACAUGCUACUCAGCGGCUUGUCCCCCUUCCUGGGCGAUGACGAUGCUGAGACCCUGAACAACAUCCUGGCCUGCAGGUGGGACCUGGAGGACCAAGAGUUCCAGGACGUCUCGGAGGAGGCCCGGGAGUUCAUCUCCAAGCUUCUCAUUAAGGAGAAGAGCUGGAGAAUCAGUGCAAGUGAGGCUCUCAAGCACCCCUGGCUGUCGGAUCACAAGCUCCACUCCAGGCUCCGCACGCAGCUUUGGGUCCGAACACUCCCCUGUGAGCUGGCCAUCUCCGCUUGGAUUGUCUCGCCGCCCGCCACCGUCCCAGACCCCAGAUUCUCCUUCUUGGACACCGAGGCCCGUGGUCUCUACCUCCUGAGCUGGGCUCACGGGGCCAAGCCCACCGCCCGCACGGGACCCAUUGCGUCAGACGCAGCCUGGGCUGUGGCAGAGCCUCCCGGGGGGCAAGCCCAUGAGCCCUUGGCCAGCAGCUGUGCAGACACAGUCCCCGCUUUGGGGCUGGGGGCGGGCAUGGGUGCCAGUGUUGGGGCCCCAGCCCUGCGCCCAGCCCCGCCCAGAGGCCGCUCCAUCCCCAGCGACCACAAGCCCUGA